AUGGCCUCCGGAACCCUCGGGCUCGCCACCUCGUACCCGCUUGGGCACAGGCAAAACUUGCUAUUCUCCAUCAUCUCUUUGUACGAGUUACUAUUUCUAUUGCUAGGGCUCAACGGCAUCUUUUCAAACACCUUGAUGUUGUCGUCUUUGUCUUUCCAGUGUUGCAGGAGCAAUGAUCUGAUGCGGCCGUGCAGUUGGCCAGCAAAGAAUGCUAGGGUCGUUCGGUUGGAAGAUGCCGGCGAUGUUAACCCAGUUAUUUCGCCGGUUGGAAGGUUGAUCUCAGGUAUCGAUACGUCUUUUCUGGGGUUGAAAAACUCGGAGGUGUUGGCAUUGCAUAUACGUGUACUUGGCGGACACCGUGCGAACAUAAUCUCCCACGACACGUUCGAGCACGGCCUUGUCGCGCUCGAUUGGGUCGAACAGGUUCUGGAGGAUCAUGACCACACUAAAUGGUAG